AUGAGGCGCGUCGUUCCGCUUCUUUUUCACCCGUGUCUGCUUCCGUCGGCCGUUGUUGCAUUUCAGAAAUAUGCCGCUGCAGAUGAUAUUCAUGUCCAGUCCCCUGAUGUCAGUUCGGCUGCAGUUGAACUUAAGAGACUCGCCACCCCUGGGAGCAGACAUGAAUCCCCGAUACCAACCCUCCUCAAGCGGAUGGCGUUGGCGCUCACCUUGGCCUUGGUGUUCAGCAUAAUGCUCUGCUUCAAAAAACUGUCCGAUAAAAAGAAAGGGCCUGUCAACAAACUUCAAACACGAAGGCUUGCAACUGGAGAUCACGAUCCCUGUCUAGAGAACCGUCUGUAA